AUGCCGCAAAAGAAGAAGACCGCGCGCGGCGCGCACCUGGCCGCGCUGAACAAGCAGCACCCCAAGCGCGAGGAGAGCGCCGGCGACGCCAACGACCUCGAGUACGUCGAGCCGGACGACUCGUCGAGCUCGGGCGAGUCCGCCGACGGCGACACGCUGGUGCAGUCAAUCCUCCCCUUCUCUGGUGCGAGCAGCGCACGAAAGAAGGGGAAGAAGAACAAGCGGCUUCGGACGGCGGACGGCC